AUGGACCUCCUAGCCAAGCUCGAGAUACUAGCUGUUACAGUUAGCAACGAAGACAACGGCAUCAUCCUCGAAACUGCCUCGAAUAACCAGUACUACAACCACACAUCCCAUCCCCUCACCACCCUGCACCCUAAGGACAAGAACUCGACCUUCCUCGUUAAGCUCGAAGGACCUCUAAGCACUCCCGUUCAAGUCCAAGUGCUAUCCAAGUCUCUCACAAUCCCCAUCCUUAGAGAAGGAGUAGGCGAAACCUCCACUGCCAACUUCUGCCUCAUUUCCGGCGCCAUGAAGCUCAAUAUCCUUUCAGCUCUCGCAGGCAGCACCUUCUCCGCAACAUUUGUCCGAAUCAAUCUCUCCCCUAAAGAUCUCUCUGCAAAUAGCAUCGCACCUUGUCUGGGUAGUGAGAUCGACCCUAUUCUUCCGCAGAAGCGAGCUACCGAUGCCGAUGAGGUGUUUCUUCCGAAGCAGGGCGAGUACCCCGUGUGGUAUUUCUUUCAUGGGAAUCUGGCUGUGCCGGAGACUCUAACUGAAAGUCUGGGGUUGGAUGAGAGCCCGACGUAUCAGAAGGCAGUGGUCAAGGGAGGUAUUUUGAGGACCUGGGGAGGGGGCAAGUAUAAGGCUUUGGUUGAUGGAGAUGCGUCGGCGAGGGUAGAGGGGUGGGCGUAUGAGGUGGGAUCUGAGGAGGAUGAGGAGAUGCUGAGGUAUUAUGAGACGGAUUGCUAUGAGGUGGUGAGGUGUGAUAUUUGUAUGGUGGAUGUUGGAGAGGUUAUUAAGGGGCUGGUAUUUAGGUUUGUGGGGGAUGUUGAUUAG